CGUCAUCCAGCCUUUCACCAUGGGUAUACUCCAUCAUGACGGGCCCUCGCCCAAGAGGCACAAGCCCUCUUCGCCCGAAGAGUUGAUCUCUCGCUUCGGUCGUCUACACAUGUUGGAUGACUUGAUUCGUCUCCGAGCAGCGGAUCCCAUUCAACAUCCGAUCCUGGCCUAUCCCCGACCCUCCCCCGAUGAGACGGUGGAGUACGAGUACUUCUCCGGUCUGGACCUGGACAUUAUGAUCGACCAGGCCGUGUAUACGCUGAUGGACUAUGGCUUCAAGCCUCCUCGCCAGGAGGGCGCGAUCGUGGCGCUGUUCACCCUCUCCGACCUGAACAUGGUAAUCACCUUCUUCGCGCUGAGCCGACUCGGGUACACUGUCAUGAUGCUGUCCCCGCGUCUGUCGGCCUCGGCCUGCGUCGCCCUGCUCGACAUGGUCGGCUGUGACACGAUCCUGUACGGGCAGACGCCCACCAUCCGCACCACGAUGGGGGAGAUUCUGCGUCGGAAGCUGGUGGCGUGUCGCCCCAUCGUCCAACGACCCUCGCCGGAGGAGGAGGAGGAUGCCAUGGAGGAACCGGCCAUCUUGAUGCUCCGUCGCGGCCGCAGCCCGGCGAGGCAAGUGCAUAAGAUUGCCUUGAUCCUGCACUCCUCCGGCUCGACAGGGACCCCCAAGCCGCUGUACCUCAGCCACCAGGCCCUGAUGACCCAUCCGAUGCGUGGCCCCGGCCUCACCUCCUUCAACUCGCUUCCCUGGUUCCACCUCCACGGGCUGUCGACCGCCCUCCAGGCCAUGUACAUGCGACGCACCGCCUACAUGUGGGACGCUGCGCUGCCCCUCACGGCCCGGACGGCUGUGGCGGCCCUGGAGGCGGCCCGUCCGGAGUCUGUCCAGGGGGUGCCCUAUCUGCUCCAGCUCUUGGUCGACAGUCCACGCGGCCUGCAGGUCCUGCGACGGUGCGAGUCGGUAACCUACGGCGGCGCCCCGUGUCCGGACGAGUUGGGCGAUCGUCUAAUGGCAGAGGGGGUUCGGUUUGGCGGGUCUUUCGGAUUAACGGAAGCUGGUUUGGUGGCGGAGUCGAUCUCCCGCCCCGCCAACGAUCCCUACUGGAACUACAUGCGGUUCUUCGACAACAUCCGCCCCUUCAUCUGGAUGAAGCCCAUCGGCGACGAGCUCUACGAGGUGGUCUAUUUGCAGGGCCACCCGGCCCUGACCGCGUCCAACUCGGACAACCCGCCGGGCUCCUACCACUCGCGCGACGUCUUCACCCCGCAUCCCACGAUCCCUGAUCGAUGGAAGUACGUCUCGCGCAUCGACGACCGCAUCACGCUGGUCAACGGAGAGAAAGUGCUCCCCCUGCCCAUCGAGGGCCGCAUCAAGCAGCACCGACUGGUGGACGAGGCGGUGGUGGUGGGGGUGGGCAGGGCGGUGCCGGGCUUGCUCGUCUUUCGGGCUGGCGGCGCGCAUCGCUACUCGGACGAGGAGUUCCGGGACCUCAUCUGGCCCAGUGUGCAGGAGGCUAACGCGCACGCGGAGCAGUUCUCGCAGAUCUCCCGCGACAUGGUCGUCGUGCUGGCGGCCGAUCGCCUCGUGCCCCGGACGGACAAGGGCUCGAUGAUCCGCGCGCAGGUCUAUGCGCGCUACGCGGAGGUGAUUGAGGGCAUGUACACCCGCAUGGAGCAGGCUGCGAGCGGGACCUUGCGGCUCGAUCUGCAGGCCACCGAGGAGCAUCUCCUGCAACUGUGUCGCGAGGAGCUGGCCCUCGCGGAGAUCGACCUGGACACGGACUUCUUCGCGCAGGGCAUGGAUAGUCUCCAGGCAAUCCAGCUGCGCCGGUGGAUCUUGCGGGACUUUGCGCUGGCCGACCCCAAGAGCAUCGGCCACAAUCUGGUGUUCGAGGCUGGCAGCAUCGCCCGGCUGGCGGAGUGUAUCCACGCGGCGCAGAUCGGCCAGUCUGCGGCGAGUGGGGGGGUGGUAGUGUCGGAGGAAGACGAGCUGGCGCAGAUGUCGGGGCUGCUGGAGAAAUAUUCGGCCUCCUUCCCCGUCCACACUCCUUGUCCGGACCAGGUGGCCAACACCCGCAGUGUUCUCCUGACGGGCCCCACCGGCUCCAUCGGCGCCCACACGCUCUACAAACUCGUCCACGACGACACCGUCGCGCGCAUCUACUGCCUCACGCGCCGUGCCAACGCGCAGGAGGCAAUCCUCUCGUCCCUGCAUCGCAAGAACCUCUUCAUCCCCCCGGCGCGCACCCACAAGAUCAUCGCUCUCACCAGUGCCCUGGACCAACCCCACCUCGGCCUCUCCCCAUCCACCUACACCGAACUGCGCCAGUCGGUCUCCCUGAUCAUCCACACCGCGUGGCCGGUCAACUUCAACCUCCCGCUGAGCGCCUUCGAACCCCACCUCCACGGACUGGCCAACCUCCUGCAGUUCUCCCUCAGCGUCUUCCUCCCCUCCCCCGCCGUGCUGCUGUACUGCAGCUCCAUCUCCACCGCCCUGGCGUCGCCGCAGCGCACCGUCCCCGACGCCCCGAUGCAGGAUUGGCACGCGGCGCUGGCCAUGGGCUACGGGCGCUCGAAGCUCAUCGGCGAGCACCUGGUCAGCGCCGCCCGACGCACCGCCGGCGCCCGCGCGUUCUCCCUGCGCAUCGGCCAGGUGUCGGGCCACUCGAAGCGCGGGGGCUGGAACGACACCGAGGCGCUGCCGCUGAUGAUCCGCUCCGCGUUGACGCUGGGCGUCCUCCCGGACUUGCACGGGGUGCAGUGCGCCUGGCUACCGGUGGAUAAGUUGGUGGCGGCCAUGUUGGAGAUUGCGCGGACGUGCUCGCAUACCCCGCCGACGUCGCGACGGGGGUCGGUCCUCAGUACGACUUCGGAGGAUUGGUCGGCGGCGGAGGAAAAGGAUGAUGACUCGGUGUAUAAUCUGACGAAUCCGUAUCCGUUUGCGUGGGGGGAGCUGCUGCGGAGUUUGGGGGCGUUGGGGAUGGAGUUCCAGGUGGUGGGGUUUGCGGAGUGGUUGGACCGUUUGCGGGAGAGUGAGGCCCGCGGCGAGGAGCGGGUGAAUCCUGCGGUGAAGCUCGUGGGCCAUUACGAGGCAAUGUAUAGCGGGGAGGGGAGAAAGGAGCCCAGCUUCUGUACGGAGCGCGCGGAGAGGGAUAGUGUGACCUUGCGCAAUGGCCGGUUGAGGAUCGUCGAGGAUGGGAUUCUGGGCCGGUAUGUGAGGGAUUGGUUGGAGAGGUGGCCUCGAUCUUAGGUGGGGGUGUGUUGUUGAAUGUUUUAGUAUCUGGUUUGUGUGCGUGUACUUCUUGUCUGGGUGGUUAUUUGUGUUUUGUGGGUAUAAAAUGGGUAGAUACCAUGGUGGUUGAAUGAUUUAUGAUCUUCCACUUGUCUUCGAG